AUGGUUGCUGCUUUGGCUCGAAUUGAUGCUGCACAUCGUGAUAUCAUUCAUGAUGUUCAAAUGAAUGAAUAUGGAAAUCGUUUAGCAACAUGUUCUGCUGAUAGAAUGGUUAAAAUUUUUGAUGUAAAACCAAAUAAUCAGUCAUAUCCAAUGGCAGAGUUAUCUGGACAUGAGGGACCAGUAUGGAAAGUAGCAUGGGCUCCAUUGGCAGAAGAAUUUUUAUUGGCAUCAUGUUCUUAUGAUAAGAAAGUUAUUAUAUGGAAAGAAACAAAUUUAAAGUGGCAAAAAAUGUUUGAAUAUUCUCAACAUGAAGCUAGUGUAAAUUCUGUUGAUUGGGCACCUAGACAACAUGGACUUAUUCUUGUUUGUGGUUCAACAGAUGGAAGAGUUAGCAUAAUUGAGCAAGUUAAUGAUGAAUGGAAAGGUACUUGUAUAGAUAACGCUCAUGAAGAUGGAGUUAAUGGUGUUUCAUUUGCUCCAUAUGGUAUAAGUGGAUUCUCAACAGAUGAGAUGACUGCAAAGGUUAUUUGUAAAAAAUUUGUUAGUUGUGGUAAUGAUAAAAAAGUAAAAAUUUGGAGUUUUAUCGAUGGUAGUGGAAAGUGGGAAUUAGAACAUACGUUAGAAGGUCAUGAUGAUUUUGUCAGGGAUGUAGCUUGGGCUCCAUUUGGAGUUAAUGGUAUUGCUACAAUAGCUUCUUGUGGUCAAGAUAAUAGAGUAAUUUUAUGGACAUGUAAUUAUGGAAAUAAUGAGACAAAAUGGAAGAAGCAUAUAUUAGAUACCUUAGAUGAGUAUGCCACAAGUCUUAGUUUUAAUACAGUUGGUGAUGUAUUAUGUGUAUCUGCAGGUGAUUCAACAAUAAAACUUUACAAACAUUUAAUUGAUGAAUGGGUUGAAUUAAAAUCUCCAAAAAAAGAUCAAGUUAAGAAUACAACUAAAACAAAAAAUUAA